CGCUGGGGACAACCGUUGCAGGGCGCCCACGGCCCUGAGCGGGGACGGUCGCCGUAGACACCCUCUCUUUUCGGCCCUGAGGUACCCGGCCUGGUGGCCCAGGACGUUCCCGUCGCAUGGCGGAGUGCUGCGGACGAUGCCCAUGAAGUUCUUAGUCCUUCUAGUUGCGCUGUUGCUGUGGCCUUCGUCCGUGCCGGCCUACCCGAGCAUAACUGUGACGCCUGAUGAAGAACAAAACUUAAAUCAUUAUGUAGAAGUUUUACAGAACCUAAUACUAAGUGUCCCUACUAAGGAGCCAGGUCCUGAGAAAAAAUCAAAGUCUCCAAAUAAUGUUCAUUCUAUAGGACCGAAAGUAUCAAGAUUAAAGGAGAUAAUCACACAUGGAGACUUUUCCACUGAAAAUGGUGUUUUAAUCAAUCGUAUCAGUGAAGAACCCACAGCUUCCCCUACUGGAGGCUUCACACUGGAAGUAGAGAAGAAGGAAACUACCCAAAGUACAGCAUUCUGGUCAACUAAACCAAAUAAAGUUUCUGUUGUGUUGCACACAGAUGAACCAUAUAUUGUAAAAGAGCCAGAGCCAGAGCCAGAACUGGCACAAACUGAGGCACCAAAGCCAUGGCCAAACGUUACUGAGACAUCCCCAAGUCCAGAUGUCACCUCGGGCCAACCAUUUAUUGCCUCUUCAGGUUGGAGCACUGACGUGGAUAAGGUCACAGAACUAGAAGAUGUUCCUCAGCUCUUGGGUGAAAAUGAAAUGGAAAAAUCGGAUGCACUAACAUUUGAAAAACGCCCACAGGUUCUGAGUAAUGAAGACAUUUUGAAAAAAAUUUCAGAUAUUCGUUCACAGGUACAACAGGUACCUCUUGCUGAGAGCCUCAAGCCAGAAUACAGAGAGGACAUUCGAGCCUCUAGAGAGCACCUAAAACGGAGCCUUGCUUUAGCAGAAGCAGCGGAACAUAAACUACAAAAGAUGUAUAAAUCCCAGCUGUUACCACCAGGACGAAACAGUAGUGGAAUUGAUGACAUUGAAACUGUUAUUAACAUGCUGUACAAUUCCAGAUCUAAAUUAUCUGAAUAUUUAGAUAUUAGACAUGUUCCACCAGAAAUGAGACAAAAAGCUACUACAGUAUUCAAUACAUUGAAAAAAAUAUUAUGUGUAAGUCAACUAGAAACUCAAAACCUUAUUAGGAAGUUAUUAAAGAAUAAUAUAAAAAUUUUAAAUGUACUUGAUGUUCCAUGACAAAGUUGAUUUAAGCAAACUGUGCAUUCAUUUCACUGGAGAAAUAAACAUAUUAGUGAUUUACAAGUUGUAUGAAAAUUUUUUCUAUUGUUGUUCAAUGUGCUAACAUCUUUCCAU